AUGAACUUACUCCCUUCACUUAGACUUUUACUGUCACUGUUUUCUUUCAAAGCCGCAGAAUGGUACAGGAGCACGGUUAACUACUGGCCUUUUGAAGGUGUCCCAAACCGAACUGUCACCGACUACACGGGUUCUAAUAACGGAAAAGUGAACGGUGGGUUCGCUACUGUCUCGGGAAUUGUCGGUUCAGCUCUUGCUCUAUCUGGGAAUGAUUCUUGGGUGGAUUUCGGUGUAGUGCCAAUCUCGUGUCUUAACAAGCCUUCAACCUGCGAUUCUGGUUUUACCAUCGCGUUUUGGCUGAAAAUCCCUGAAUUUCAAGGCAACAAGAUCAUACUGCAGUUGGGCGAACACCGCUAUUCGCGAGGAUUUACGGUCUGGACGCGGAAAAGUACGAAAAAGAACAUUGGUUUUAGUAUUAAUACCCGCUUGCGCAAAUACCAGUGGCUACAAGAAUGGAACAGCGGAGAUUGGAAUCACAUAGCUCUCAAAUGGGACAACAACACCCAGUCAUUGCAAAUCUUUGUAAACUGCUCUCUAGCUCAAGUUGUUAACACUAGUGAGCCAGGUGAGCCGGUCGAACAUGACAAGCCAUCCAGGCUGAUAUUAGGAGCUAGUCAAGGUUUGAAGAAAAACAUAAAACUGUUGGUCGAUGAGUUUGCCAUCUGGGACCGCCUUCUAUCCAAUGUCACGCUGUGUGAGUUGUUUCACAUUCACUCAGGUCGGUAAAUCUUUGUUGCGUUCAAGAACUUAAUGAGAAUUAAAGGUAAAUAAACUUAAGUGUUGACAAAAAAAAUUAACAAGCGGCUUUCAAUUUUCGAAAAAAGGUGUUAACGACAGCAAAGUACCGCCGGGCGGUUACAAGAUUUGAAAUGCUGUCCAUUCACAAGGUUUAAAUAGACGUUAUAACGCAGGUGACGAACUUUUUAACUUUUCUCUUCCCUUUCUGUAAUAUCUUCUCGUCUCAAUUAAAGUCCGAGAUUAUUUAUUAAUUUCCUAAUCUACAGAAGAUCUUUUUUAUAAAAGAAAGCUUACAAAAAUGAUGAAAGAAUUUUACCUUAAAAUAUUAUUUUUUCCACUAAUGAAGACGAUGUAUAAUUAAUGUAAUAAGACCCACGUUAACACUAAUUCGUUAUGAAUUGAAAAACCGCAAUUUCCUUAGAGGUAAAUGAAACUUUUGCAGUAAUUCAAGGGAAUUGAUUCAUCAGGGGUUGUGCUAACUAUUUUUACGAUUUUGGAGCAUCAGUUUUUAUUUGACAAUUUAUUUUUCUCAUUUUUAAAAUAUCUUUUCUCCGUGAGGUAGUUGUUGUAGUUGUCUUUUGCAUUAGUUUGGCAGGCGCGGUUAAUCACUCAUUUAUCAGCUUCGCUGUUUUGUCUGUAUGUUGUGGUUCAAUGUUAUGCUUUGUUUAAAUUUUAAUUUCAUUUGCCUUGACUCAUUAUCAUACUUUGCGAUAUUGAAGAACAAGGGUAAAUAUAAUUUAAAUCAAGGAUAAAGCUGAGUCACAACAGAUAUUCCAUUAUUAUUAUUAUUAUUAUUAUUAUUAUUAUUAUUAUUGCUGCAUAUUCUAGAUGAGGUAUUCCUCUGUGUGUGUGUUCUAAGAUGGUUUAAGCGUGCAAGCGAGAUGCUUCCCUGUUUCUUCCCUUUUGUUGAAAAUUCUACGCUACAAGACAAAUAACAAUGCAUAGAGUGUUAAAAGAGCGAAAUGAUAUGUCGUGUUCAUUUUUUACCUACAUUAAACGAAGGGUGACUUUCAGUGUUUACCUUACUUAGAUAAUUAGAUUAGUUCUACUGUGAAAGUUAAUUUGCUCAGAAAUAGAGUAGGAGCAGGAGGCGGGGAAUCUCCUGACGCGCGAACUGACACGUAAACCUCGCUACUGCGCAUGCGCUCUUAACCGCUUGUAUCCACAACAGGGCGAGACCCAUAUAAGUAAAGCUCAACAUUUCUGUGCAUGAAACUUGUCCGAUUGUAUUUGUUUGUUAGUAUAUUGCUUGAUUGACUGAUUACGAGUUUUCGACCGUGCUUUUAAGAAGCCGAGUCAUGCCUUAUAACUGGAGUGUUGUUGUUAUUUGGCUAGAAAUGGGGUCAACUAAGUGUUUAUUACGUCCUAGUCGUAAUCGUGAACAAUUAAGAAAAGGAAUGGGUGGAAUGUUAUUUAGAAAUAUUCAACCUAAUGUUAAGGGAUUACAAUAAAAAUCAUGUAUGAAAUUAAAUGUCUUUUGUUUUAGUGAAUGGCGACUACAGCGGAUGGUCCGAGUUCAGCGCAUGCUCAGUUACCUGUGGCAACGGUACAAUGAAACGUACACGGACUUGCACCAGUCCCCCACCGAAAAAUCGCGGUAGAAACUGUUCUUCUCUGGGGGCCGCUGAAGAAUUCCAGUUUUGUUUUCUAAGAAGGUGCCCUAUUCACGGAGGUUAUUCAGAAUGGUCUUCUUUCAGUAACUGUAGCAAAUCUUGCGGGACGGGCAUCAAGAGACGGUCCCGAAAAUGCUCGAAUCCCGAGCCUCAACACGGAGGAAGUAAUUGCUCUCAUUUAGGUUUAUCAAUGGAAAUAAAAAAUUGUAGCGAGAAACCUUGUCCUAUAAAUGGAGGUUAUAGCACAUGGACAGAGUUUUCUUUAUGUACAGUGUCUUGUGGCAGUGGAACAAGACAGAGGACCAGAAAUUGUUCCAAUCCAAAGCCAAUGCACGGAGGGCAAAAUUGUUCACAUUUAGGACCAAAUAUUGAAACUGAAAUUUGCAGCUCGAAUUUAUGCCCCAUUCAUGGUGGCUAUAGCGAUUGGAGUAAUUAUAGUGAUUGUACGAAAUCCUGUGGAAAUGGCUCACAAGUUCGAACUAGAAAUUGUUCAAAUCCUGAACCAAAACAUGGUGGAAAGGAUUGUUUAAGUUUGGGAUCACAUACUGAAAUAAUAAAUUGCAAUACACAUCGUUGUCCAAUAGAUGGUGGUUAUACACCUUGGACAGACUUUUCUAAAUGUACAGUGUCUUGUGGCAAUGGAACAAGACAGAGGACUAGAAAUUGUUCCAAUCCAAAGCCAAUGCACGGAGGGCAAAAUUGUUCACAUUUAGGGCCAAAUAUUGAAAUUGAAAUUUGCAGCACGAAUUUAUGCCCCAUUCAUGGUGGCUAUAGCGAUUGGAGUAAUUAUAGUGAGUGUACGAAAUCCUGUGGAAAUGGCUCACAAAUUAGAACUAGAAAUUGUUCAAAUCCUGAACCGAAAUAUGGUGGAAGGGAUUGUUUAAGUUUGGGAUCACAUAAUGAAAUAAUAAAUUGCAAUACACAUCAUUGUCCAAUAGAUGGUGGUUAUACACAGUGGACAGACUUUUCUAAAUGUACAGUGUCCUGUGGCAAUGGAACAAGACAGAGGAGUAGAAACUGUUCCAAUCCAAAGCCCAUGUACGGAGGGCAAAAUUGUUCACAUUUAGGACCAAAUAUUGAAGUUAAAACUUGCAACACGAAUUUUUGCCCCAUUCAUGGUGGCUAUAGCGAAUGGAGUCGAUUUAGCGAAUGUACUAAAUCAUGUGGAAAUGGAUCACAAAACAGGACUAGAAAUUGUUCAAACCCUGAACCGAAACACGGUGGAAGGAAUUGUUUUAGUUUGGGAUCAGACACUGAAAUACAACACUGCAAUACACAUCAUUGUCCCAUAGAUGGCGGUUAUACACCGUGGACAGAAUUCAGCAACUGUUCGAAAUCAUGUGGGAUAGGAGAAAUAAAAAGGACGCGUAGCUGCUCCAAUCCAAAACCUCGAUAUGGAGGAAGAAAUUGUUCGCAUCUUGGUGUGUCUGUGGAAGUGCAAAGGUGUUUUCUCCGGAACUGCCCUGUGCAUGGCGGAUUCUCCGAUUGGUCAAACUUCGGCGAGUGUACAAGGAGCUGUGGAGUGGGGUUAAAAAACAGAACAAGACAUUGCACUAAUCCGGAACCAAAGCAUGGAGGAGAUUAUUGCACUGGUAAAUUUAUCUCUUUUAAAGUGUGUAAUGUGUUGCCAUGUCCGAUUGAUGGCGGCUAUACUAAGUGGUCAGCGUUCAGCGCUUGCAGCAAGUCAUGCGCUAAUGGCACAAUGAAAAGAACACGGAAUUGUUCUGAGCCUCCUCCUGGACCUGGAGGAAGGAAUUGUUCAUUUUUAGGACCUGCGGAGGAAAUAAAAGAAUGUAACACGUUCCCUUGUCCAGUCAAUGGCAGCUACUCAGCGUGGUCCAAUUUUAGUCUUUGUAGUAAAAGUUGUGGUAACGGAACAAUGGUUAGAAAGCGAACUUGCACAAAUCCUGAGCCUAAACAUGGUGGCAGAAAUUGCUCGUUUUUUGGUCCAUCGAAAGAAAUUAAAAGUUGUAAUAUAUUUCCAUGUCCUAUCCAUGGUAAUUUUUCCUCUUGGUCAUUCUUCAGUGUUUGCAGUAAAAGUUGCGGAAAUGGCACCAGAUCAAGAACUCGAAAUUGUUCAAAUCCUUUUCCAAAACAUGGUGGUAAAAAUUGUUCUUUAUUAGGUCCUCUUAUAGAUGUUCAGCAGUGUAACGUUUUUCCCUGCCCUGUCGAUGGAGGUUACACCGUAUGGGGAAACUUUACAUCAUGCACACGGUCUUGUGGUAAUGGUACUAAGUAUAGAAUUAGAAACUGCACAAAUCCUGCGCCCCGACACGGGGGUAAGAAUUGCUCUUUACAAGGACCAUCUGUGGAUGUUAAAACAUGCAAUGUACAUCCCUGUCCCAUAGAUGGCGGCUACACAAGUUGGUCUGAAUUUGGUUUAUGUUCUAGGAGUUGUGGCAGAGGUAGGAAAUAUCGCACGAGAAACUGCACGAAUCCAGUGCCGCAAUUUGGUGGCCGAAAUUGUUCAGAUUUUGGUUUAGCCAUCGAUGCGAGGGAAUGCUUUCUAAGAGAGUGUCCUAUUGACGGUGGGUACACGGAGUGGUCUGAAUUCUCUGCGUGCACCAGAUCCUGCAAUGGUGGAAGACAAAAACGAUGGCGAACGUGCUUCAAUCCCAAACCCAAAUAUGGUGGAGGCGAUUGCGAAAGACUGGGCCCGGCAUCGGAAGUACAGAGUUGCAACACGUUCCCGUGUCCUGUUCAUGGCGGCUACAGCGAGUGGACUCGAUUCGAGCCGUGCACUCGCACGUGCGGCGGAGGCAAGCGCAUUAGAAGACGAAGCUGCACCAGUCCACCACCGGCUCAUGGAGGACGAAAUUGUAGCGGACUGGGUCCAAGCAUUGAUUCCCUCGCAUGCAAUACUGAGAAAUGUCCAGGUUUGAGAUACUCCUCUUUAUUUUGCCUCAAAUAGACUACCUUGCUAUUUGCACGCCUUAAGCUUGACUAACAUUUUGAUCGCUGACUAAGUCAUUUAAAUUGGUUCAGUACCAGUCCUCCGAACUAUGGGCCUGGGUUUGAUUCCUGGUCGGAUUGAGGUCGGAAAAAACAACUUGCAAUCUGUUUGUUUCUUUACAUCUUAGAUAUCGUUUUUAACUCUGUUUUUUUUCAGAUAUCGUUUUUGACUUAGCUGUGAACCUGACAUCAGAAAAAUGGGAGGACGGAUUAACAAAUGACAGAAAUAGUCGGACGAAUCUGCUUAUCCUCAAAAUAAAGUUUGGAGUAUGUUACGUCUUUUGGUAUAUUUAGAGUUGCCCAUUAGUAUGCUAGGGGCACCCUGGCCUUAGUCUGAACACGACACCUAUGUCCAGAAAUGCAUAAUGUACUUUGUAUUACACACAAUGAUUUGUAGUUUCCAUAUGACGUCAUGUUAAACACAAUAGACAAGAGAAGUGUGACGUCACAAAAAUUCAAAUUUGUGAAAUUAUGGGUAUGGUUGGGAUAUUCAGAAAAAACAUGAUGAAAAAAGCCCUUUUGCCAAAAUGUUAGUCCGUUAGUGCAAAGCCAACCUAUCCCAUAGUUUCACAAAUGUAAUAUUUUGUGACGUCAUCACUUCUCUUCUUCGUUGCUUGCGUUUAGCAGAGGAUGUUUUCUUAUGUGUACCAUAAAAGCCAAGAAUUUCAUAAGCGUGCGUUUCUUGAUAUUACUCAACAUUACGACAACCUGUCAUAUAAUAGUCAAGGAGGGGUACUUACUUGGUAGUAUAUUGCAGAGGUGGAUGUGGAGGGAUAAUUUGUUAUAUUGCCCUUGUGCCUUAUUUCACACCCCAACAAAACGUGUUCAAUUAAGUCAAGUUAAGAAAAAUAGUAACAUUUUGAUCCGUAAUAAAAACUUUCAUUUCUUUCACUUUUUUCACCUCAAUUUUUCUUUUGUUCAGUUUUCAAACAACUGGUUGCUUUGUUAAUCCCACAGGUUAAAGAAAUAAUGGGAGAAAAGGAUGUUUCUGAAGUGACAAAUUUCUCAUUCACGUAAGUUGCUAUUUUCUCUCUUUUCACGUAAACGACAGCACAUGACACUGAUGUGCUAGUAACAGUGCCUUAGUCUGAGGUGCUUUUGGGCCAGGCCAGCUAGAGGAUCUCUAGCUCUUUCCUUCUAGAAGCAAAUCCAGUUUUACCAGUUCUUAUUUUGUAUCUCAAAAAUUAAAAAAAAGGAAAAUCUAGGAAAUUUAUAUAGUAACCAAAGGGUAGUUAGCAAGUAUCGCAAUGGGUUGUUUCCGUCGUUGUAUUGUUUCCUUAGCAAAGACAGAGUCCAUGUCUCCAUCCUGUCGUAUUUAUUGACACGUGCAAAUAAAACUGACGAGAAAAUGCUUGUUGCCUCGCUUGGUGAACAGGCAUCCUUUAUAGUCACAUAAGCCACAGUCUGCCAGAGUGAAACAACAACCCUAACCUCGAAAACAAAGACUAUUAAUUUCGAUUUGAUUUUUCUUUGAAGAAAGGGAAGCGUCAUUGCGGAGUUUUCUGUUAGUCUUCUUCAUCGUUCAUACCAAGGUAUCACCCCACUUCAAGACGUCAUUUACCGGGACGGAAGAAUAGAUGACAUGCCAGUCUCCCCUAUAAGACUUGCGUCACCAGAUGGUAAGUCUAUUUAACAGGGUUUUAUUUUAAAAUUUGCCUUCGCGUCCAGAAAGUUUCCUGGUCUUUCGAGAAACGGGCCCCUGAUUGGAUAAUUUGAUUUCCUUCUCUGCACUUGGCGCCAGUUAAGGUGAUGUUACACGGGACGAUUCGCAACGACGAUUUUAAGCGCAACACAGCGUUGCAACGCUGGAACAAUGUUGUAACUAUUCCAAACAAUGUCGCAACAAUAUUGCAACGCUGUGUUGCGGUAAAAAUCGUCGUUGCGAAUCGUCCCGUGUAACAUCACCUUUAUACGUAUUUGCUUCCAGUUCUGAUUGAUUUAUUUUCUGUCAGCUCGGGUUGUGAUUGGUCAAAAUUAUACCUCUGGUCGUGGGUUUUGCUAUGCGCUGCGCCGAAUUUCAGUUCUGAUUGGGUCAUUUUUAUCAGCUCGUGUUGUGAUUGGUCGAGGUUAUUAACGUGGUUGUAGUUUUCCCCGCCCUUGAGGCCGGUUACACGUAUUUGCUUAUAGUUCUGAUUAGGUAAUUGAAUUUCCUUCUCUAGCCUGAGUAAGUCGGUUCUAGUUUUACAACACUCAGUUGAAAAACACUCUGACCCAACACAUUUCCCUCAAUAAUUAGAACUAUAUCUGGCUUUUAUCGCUUAUAAAACUAGUGAGCUUAAUAUUUUAAUGAAAGUACUUAGUGUUGUUUUGCAAUUUUAGUCCCAGUGAUGGCUCCAGUCAGUAUAACAGCUGUAAAUACAAGCUCCACAGGAAUUGUCCUAAACUGGUUGCCUAUCCCAUUAAACUACUCCAACGGUCCCAUUCUCGAAUACAGAAUAUCCUUCAGCUUCAAUGACAGCAAGGAGUGGAUGAAAGUGAUCAAGGGAGAAAAUCUUUCAGCUCACGUGACUGGAUUAAAAAAGUUUACCAAGUAUCGUUUCAGAAUGGCGGGAAUUAAUUAUAGAGGAGUCGGAGUGGAUAGCUUUCCCAUAGCGGCAAGCACAGACGAAGAUAGUAAGCAACUGAAAAUUGGUCUCGAAAAUGGGUACAUGUGUAAAUUGUGUAUCAUAUGCGACGCCUAAGAACCCUACGAGCAAAGUCCCUCUUUCACACACUCGGUUUUGGAGUUAUUGUGAAAGACUCUGCAUGAAACCCACGAUGAGCUUCGACCCCAGGCCUAAUAGCCGUACGCAUGGUACAACGGGCUCGUUAUCACCUUAGUUCUAUCAAUAAAUGGGUGCUCGCACUCGAAAAACCAGUUUGACGAGAGAAAACAAGAUUGACUAGUCAAGGGCUUAACGCGAUUAAGGCAGAGUCUUCUUUUCUCCUCCUCGACUAAGAAAAAGACAAAAGCUUAAGGAGGCUCUAUCUGCAGGGUGAUGGCUAAAGGUUGGUUUUCACUGGCGACGGAGUCGGAGUCGUAAUCAGAAGCGUAGAGCUUAUGAUCUAGUGAAAACAGCGUUCUGAUUCCGCUUACGACUCCGUCGCUAACGUUCUGCUUAUGAUCUAGUGAAAACCAAAGUGUCGGGGUCGGAAGCAGAAGCGGAAGAACUAAACCAAUCACAAAGCGUGGGAACGUGCAUCGUGAUUGGUUUAUCCUUCCACUUGUGCUUCCGACUCCGACAAUCUGGUUUUCACUAGCUCAUAGCUCAUAAGCAGAACGUAAGCGACGGAGUCGUAAGCGGAGUCGGAAGAAAUGGAAACGUUCUGAUUCUUCUGACUCCGAUUCCGUUGCGCUUUUGACUCCGCUUACGACUCCGAUUUUUGAUUUUCACCAGGUCAUAAGCGCUCUUACGACUCCGUUUACGACUCCGACUCCGACUCUGUCGUUAGUGAAAAACAGCCUUAAGGCGUUUGGUUUAAUAUCAUUGUUUUUAAUAAUAAAACCAAUCCUUAAAAGUCAUGGCAAAAGCAAGAUAUUUAAGUGAUGUUGUUGCCAGUGAAAAUUUUAUUUAAUCAAAACGGAGGAUGCAUGUUCAACUUUCAAUGACUUCUUUACAUGUUCUUUUAAUUACAGCACCGAGUAUGGCACCACUGGAUGUUACAGCCAGCAACAGAAGUAGCACAGCUAUUUACGUAGGAUGGUCUCCAAUUCCGCAGCAGUUUAUCCACGGAAUUCUCAUGGGAUAUCAUAUACACUACAUCAACACGGAUCCCGAGGGAUUUGGUGACGUCAGUAAGGGUAUUCACACAAUUGAAACUGGUCGCACCUCGGCUCUGAUACAGGGUCUUCUGAAAUUCACUAACUAUCGAAUUCAGGUCAGCGGUUUUACGGUAAAAGGCGACGGACCUCGAUCUGAUGUUGUUGUUGUCAAGACGGAAGAAGAUGGUAAGAAUAAAAGCAGUUGUAUGAAAAAUCAUAGCUGGUCUUGCAGUAGAGAUGUCUCUGGAGGGUUUUUUAUUAUAAGUAAAUUUAGCUGCUCGAGAAGCCUAUAUGGGCUCCUGUCUGCUCUGAGAAGUGAAAGGAUUUAUGUCGCGGAAUUCAUCAAUAUUUAUCUGUGGUUGCCACCACGGAAGUUAGUGAAAUAUAAAAAUAACAGCUCAAAACAAGAAAAUAAAGUAUAAAUAACGCAACAAAUGCAAAAAGAGACAGGGGUGGAUAAACAUGAAGAAGAUUAAGACGGACUGAAAUUGUGGUUGUCGAGAACGUCUUAGGAAAACAGUUUUUCAAAGUUCCAGAUCGAAUUGGAAUUUGGAAGUGUUCGCUUCUAAGGAGAGGAGAAAUCGGAGAAACACUUUUCAGAGUAACCAACAGGAAAGAGAACCAACAAAAAAGGCACACCGGUUGGCAUAGUCCAAUGAUGCAUUUUUAAAAACUGGCCGUCUUUGAUACCUUAUAAUGAAGAAUUGUUUGUUUGAUUUUAGUUCCCAGUCGCCCGCCAGCUAACGUCACAGGCAACAACAUGACGUCAACAAGCAUCGAAGUGCGAUGGAGCCCAAUACCUUCUCGUUACGCGCACGGCAUUCUUCUCGGUUACAAUGUUUCUUUCUUAGCAACGGGCAGUCGAAUCAACCGACGAUGGAGUACAAUAACUGUCAAUCAGUCUGCGGCUUCUGUGGUCGUUACCAAUUUGCGCAAGUUUACAAAGUAUAUGGUGACGGUUGAAGGAUUUACUAGCAAAGGCAGUGGAAUUGAGAGCAAAACUGUGGCUAUUACUACUGAUGAAGAUGGUAAGAUUAUUUUAAAUAUCUUUUCUAAUUCUUUCUGAAACUUUCAAUAACCGCUAGACAGAGGCAAGCAAAGUGAACGUAUUGUGCGGGUUAAAAUUUGACGUGAGAAUUGAAGUCAUUACAAUUUUCCCCUUCGCAAUGAUCCCUUUUUUUAGAUUUUAAUAUUAGAUCACGUGAAUGGUCAUGUGAUGUUCGUAGUAACAAAUCCUUUAAGGUCACUUUUAAAGGCGUAUACCUCUGUAAAAUGGGAAGCUAAAAAAGUCUGGAUCAAUCUUCAGUUCUUUUCUUAUUUCUGAAUUACUCGGUUCGGACUUUAGAUAGUGUUUUAAACUUUAGCAACAUCUGUAGGACAACAGCAUUUUUCACAAUUUCAAAGAUAAAACGUGGUAAAAAAUGGCAAAGAUUCUAAGAAAGUUGUCACGACUUUGAGUUUGCAUCCUGACUUAAUCGUGCACUUUCGUGACCCGUGACCUACUCUUCAUAUGGCGUGACGUUAUCUUUGCUAUAUCUAUCUAUGAUUGUUGCAGUACCAGAAGCAUUCCCAACCAACGUUACUGGCUUCAACCAGAGCUCUACCUCUCUGUUUGUGGAAUGGCGACACAUUCCUCACCAAUACAGAAACGGCAUUCUCUUGGGAUACAAAAUUUUCUACGCUCCCAAAAAAUCGUAUCAGCCAAUGUUCAGUAAGACUGUGAAUAGCACCAGGGAGUCCACGACUCUUGAUAAUCUAGAGAAAUACACUUGGUACGUAAUUAAGGUGGCCGGGUUCACCAGUAAAGGACUGGGACCUCAAACUCCACGACCUCUUGAGAUUAGAACUAGCGAAGAUGGUAAGUCACGUGAUUUAUUGUUACGAUGCUAUCGGUAGUAAACGAUCAUAAGAAUGAAAUUAGUGAAGUUGAUAAGUCGAGUGAUGCAUCGAAUGCAUGGCAUUGAUGCUAACUGUUGUAGAAAAACUGUUAUCCACUUACGUCAAGAAAGUAUUUAACGAAGAGCAGCCAUUCAAUUUUUGUCAGGUUUUUUCCUUUUCAUGACCACCCAUUUAGUAUCUUACUGUCACCUAGUGUCAUAGCCGAUCACAGACGGCAUUAGUGUACUAGGGAUCGAAUCAACCUAUUUUGGUAGACAACAUCAUUAGCCUGACUACUUUGUCCUAGAAGAAAAUUUAGAGGAGUGUCAUUGAUUUGAGAUACAUUAACGUUGAUGACGUCAUGGUUUAUACUAAUUCGGUCGUAGGCCAUCCUCUUUUUUCGCCCUUUUAGCGUUGUCCGACCGACCCAAAUUUUUGGCAUUUUCAGAAAAAAAAAGUAACGACGUAGUUAAACGAUUUUUCACUUGAAAUAAUUCUUUUAAUCUGAAAAAUGUGCAUAGUAACAGCACAGAGAACAACAGGAACAAAAACAUGAACAUUUUUUACAGUAUAUUGUCCAUUUUGUUAAGCCAAAUAUGUGAAUGUUAACUUUUAACGUCGUCCUGGGGUACCAGGGGCUACUAGUUCCGAGACUUCCAGUGAAUUUUUUUUUUAGGUUUUUUUUUCAAUGGCCUUAUGGAUUUAGUGCGUGCUCCCGCGUGCAAACUUGUAUGUCACACCCUCACUGAGAAUAAAUGAACCAUGACAAUGCUAUACUGUAUUCUUUUUGUAUUGUAUUUCAGUCUUGUUGACGUUCGGGGUGUAGAAUCUACCAAAGGGGUUAAUUUGUUCCCUACUACACUACUAAUAACUACAGACGCAAGCAAGCUAAAAAGUCAACCAUUACUUAAAACAAGUUCAUAUAGCAGUCACCAACACGCAGAAAAAUGUUAUGCAGGCACGACAAGGUUGGCUUUUGACUGCCAGAGUAACGGCGCAACGCCUUUCAGCGGUUCAUUAAACUUAGAAACGCACGGGUAAUAACCGACGUGGAAAUAACUUUGACCGCUUACCUAAAAACUGCCAUAUCCUCAUAAGUGGAUAUGAAGGAUAAGUGGUAAUGGGUUCCAUGCAAAAAUAUUGUUAUUAUUAUUAUUGUUGUUGUUGUUGUUGUUGUUGUUGUUGUUGAUGAUCUUAUCUCAUAUUACUGGCUUUUAGUUCCCAGCCAACCCGUUAUCUUAGUGAAAGGCCGCAACACAAGCCACACCAGCCUCUUUGUACAAUGGGACGAAAUACCUCGGAACUUUAUCCAUGGCGUGCUAUUGGGCUACAGAGUGCUCUUUUGGCGGUAUAAUGAAUCACGUGACACAUAUGAAACAAAACAACUGAGCACCAACGAACGGUCUGUUCAUCUGAGGAAUCUAUGGAUUUACACCAAGUACAAAAUCCAAGUUCUUGGUUUCACGGCUGUGGGAGAGGGAGCAAUUAGUAAAGAAAUAAUCGUCUCUACUGAUGAAUACAGUAAGUUCACUUAAUUUUUUAAAAUAAAGUUUUUCAAUAAACUUGAAAGGUUUGAAUGGUUAAUGGCAAACCUGGAAAGUGAAGGGAAAUUUAACUUAUAUUUGUCAAAGCAAGGACAAGGUAAGAUAUAAAGACAAGCAAUUUAAGAGCGCGAACGGCACGCGUUUUGGCGGACACUAGAGUUUGAGUCUUUUCAACCGAGUUAGAACUGGUUAGGUAAAAAAUCCCCAAAAAAGUUUCGAAUAGUUUCGAAAGUGACAGAAAGAACAUUUUGUGGAAAAAAUGAAAAGUCAUUGGCCAUUUGCACGUCUACCUUUAAUAGUACACCUUGAUUGCCCCAACCCCCUUCCCCCCACCACCCCCCCCAACAAUUUUGCAUAGGAAAUGUUUUUAAUUUCUCUUGAGACGACUGUUAUAUUCAGGAGAAAUGAAUAGCAAAGGUUAUACAAAAAUUUGGGGGGGGGGGCAAACAAGGUAUAUCAUGGAAGGUGUGCAAAUGGUGAAUUGAAAGUCAUGGAAAUUUGAAGAGCUCAAAUGUGUGCGAGCCCUGAUGGGAAAUUAAUUUGGGCUUAAAUGUCAUAAUUUGUUUUUUUUCUUUUUAUAGCCCCAAGUCAGUCGCCCAUUAACGUUCGAGCAUUUAACAAGACGAGCCCAACUCAAAUAACAGUCCAAUGGAACCCAAUUCCCGAUGAAUUUUACGUUCAUGGAAUACUGCGUGGUUACAAAGUGCUAUACAGUGCAAUUACUAUCGCAAACGAAAACCUCGAGGAACUGGAAACUUACGAAGUGACAGUCGGGCCGUCAACACUGAUUGCUGUUCUGGAGAAUUUGACUGCUUUCACGAGAUAUGAGGUUCGAGUCUUGGCGUUUACAGUCAAAGGGGAUGGUGUGAAGAGUACUCCCAUAAGGGCAGGUAAUUCAGAUGACCUAAAGAAUAAUUCUUGGUUUGCAACCACGUGAUAAGGCUGCCAUGUUGGUUGUCAAUACAACAGAAUUUAUUCCCAAAAAAUUUACAUGAAAAUGGAGUUUAGUUCCCAGAGGAGAGAAAUGCUUUUGUUCUUGGCCACCAAAGAUGACCGCCGUGACGUCACGUGCUAACCAGCAAUAAGGCGCGAAUAAACUGAUAAGCAGUUACGGAAACAAAUCGGGAGAGCUGAACAGAACUUAAAGCAAAAAUAUGCUAGUGCAAAGGGUGAAUUAGGAAAAAGUAGUAUCAAUGUUGUUGCCGAGCAUGGAAAAAGUGUAAUCAAUGGUGGUGUCAAGUGUCAAGAACCUGUUGCAAAGCGCGGGGAAAAGUUUCAUCUUGUUGCCAGGCAACGAAAAAAGUGUAAUCGAUCUUGUUGUCAGGCGCGGUAAAAAGACAAAAACUAUCAAGCGAUGGAAGGCGGGAGGGUGUCAGUCAAGUAAGGUUUGUUUUGCGUCUUCUCCACUCGUUUAAAGAGAACAAGUUUGGAUGAUGCAAUAAAAAGUCAACGACACUUAUACUAAAAAAGCAAGGACAACGCUUAUCGAAUGAACUGAUAAUUAGGACAAAGUCAAAUCAAGGACGGCAAAUUAUUGUCGCUUGAAUGAUGUAAACUGUGGCGUUUUUUCUUUUUUUUCACCAGAUACCUGCAACUGUCACAGUACCAUUUUCACAAAUUGGUGGAUCAACCCGCCAUACGUGGACAGCCCGCGUUCAAACAAGAGCGGCAUCAUAACACCUAUCCUUAAACAAGCCGUGUAUACUUGUUGCGGGAACUGCACCGAGCACGGGAUCUCUCGUGUGGAUUUUACCCGCACAGCCACGGGAGAUCCCGCGAGAAAAUCCGGGCUUGUCCAGUUCAAGAGCAGUUUUGACGAGACAACAGAGCUUCAUUUCCCAGUGUACGGGUUCAUGGACCAGACUAGGUAUUUGGAUAGUUACGGUUUUGUCCCGUUUGUGCAGUCGCCUGGGCUGGCUCUGAUUAUCAUUGGAGACGAGAAAGGAACGGCUGCUACUCUCCUACUGAAGUCACUGGCGUUAUGCUUUCCCAUUCUCUUUCUGUCAAUCGCGAUGUUAUGGGUCUCAAGUUUAGUCUUGUGGUUUGUGGUAAGUCGUAACAGUAAUAUGCUUCAGGCCUGUUAGAGAACGUGUCAUUUUUGUCUCUUUUUGUGCCUUCACAGCCGAUCGGGCCAGAGUGACGCAAUGCUCCCCGCCCGGGGAACAUUGCGUGACUCCAGCACGAGUGGCUACCUUCAAACCAGACCUGACCAAUCGGUAAAGUUUGACAAAAAUACCACUGCAGACUCUGUUUUAGAGGAAUGUCCUUAAUGGCCGUUUUCACACUAACGACGGAUAAAAUCGGAUGGAUUAUUCGUUCAAAAAUUAACACUGACCCGUUUACACAUUUUGGCGAAUUAUCCGUCUGACACGGAAUAUGCAAUGCAUACUCCAUUUCUAAUAUGAAAAUAACCGUCACAGGAUAUGAUUACAUGCAUUAAAAACACAAACAAAAAGGCGAUGCGAGCCUUUAUGCUUCCUUUCAUUUUUUCAAAGUCCAAAGACCUCCUUAUUCCCUCUUAUUAGCUGUUGUUUAUGUCAAACUUUCUUAGGAAACCGCUGGAAACGAUCGUCAUUUUCCUCGAAAUGUCAUACAAGGCAGCUGGGAGGCAAUGUGGUGGGCUUUUGCUUCGAUGACUACUCUGGGGUGAGGACUUGUGAAAUAAACCACUUAGGGAAGAAGAUAACCCAGCAUGCCCCAAGUUAGGGCUAUUUUCCCAUGACCUUGAAAUGAAAAAGCGCGAACAAAACAGAAACAACAAACGAACGGAAAUAGAGCGAUUUGAUUGGUUUUAUCGAACGCAUACAAACGCGCGUGGCUUUUAGUUGGUUAAGCGAACGCCCGGGUGAAAAAACGUCAUGCCCGAGAACUUUCUAGGAAUCAUCCGAUACGUCGCUUUGACGUAAUACUGCAACGCGAUUGGCCAAUCGAACAAUGCCUUCCCCGUAUCAGGUUUUUCUUCGGCGGGAAAACGAAGAGUCCAUGUUUUGAUCUUUUCACCCAUUGGCUGAUAAAACAAAUAACGAACACUUACCAAAACCAUAUUUCAAGGUCAUGCGAAAGUUGCUCUUUAAGUUAGGGAAAGACAUUUUAAAGCUAAAAACAUUUGUAAGCGAUUGUGUGUCAUGCGUCAAAAACUUGCUUAGUUGAACGGAAGGCAGCCAAUCUCUGAUUUCGUUCAAAGCAACGUAAGACGUACUGAAUAGCCUUUUUCUUCAUGCUUCCUAACAUGACACAUGGUGUUUUUCUUGUCAAUUAUUGGUUGUAAAGCCAUUGUUCUUUCCAUUACCAAAUACAAGUGGUGUCAGAUGUAAAGGCCCGAUAAGAGUCAAUGGUUUCCAGCGCGGAUAAUUUUUUUCAAAAUAAAAAUUGUCACUAUACAAUCUUUGGUUUAGAUGUUUCAAAGACAAUUCUGAUUUUCUCUGUACGGAAAGUCUCUUCACACACCAAGUAAUCUGCUAAUAAUCAAACACGAGGAGCAAACAGCCUCGUUCCCAAGGUUGUCUUUCACUCGCUCCCACAGGAACGAGUAGGAGAGAACCCUGGGACGGAGUUUGGGGAAGCAACCUCGUUCCCAUUGUCACUCCUUUUUUUCGUUUUCUUGGAGGAGCUUUCUCUCUUUGAUAGACCUUAUUCACGAUACCCGCCAUCUCUGUAUGUCCUUUGGAGUCGAUUGAAUAAAAGCAAUAUCACGUGGUAUUUCAGCCGGCAAACAAGUGAUUUAAUUUGCCAACAUGAGUAAUCGCGGCCGAGUUUGUUUGUUCUUUCAAAACGAGAGGACGAUUUUUAAAUAGUCAUGCAAAAUGUAUAGUUCGAGUUUCGUCAAUAUUUAAGUCAUUGUUGUUUGCUGUGAGGACAUCCGCGGUCGCUCCUGCAUCCAAAGAAUUAAGUAACAAUGAUCACUUCCACCCAUUAUUAUUUGCCAUUAUCAUCUUUAACAUGAAAAGUUCUCAUUUUCUGUUGUCCAAAAUAAACAAACUCGACCGCGAUUUCUUGCACGGGCAAAUUUUUUCACUUGUUUGCCCUUAAAGUGCGUGCAAAGAUUGGAAAAGAUCACAGGUUUCGUGAAUAAGGUCUAUUACAUGACGCUGGUAUCUUUUCGCCAUCAGCUAUGGUGAUAGGAUUCCGAAGUCACCUUGUGGUCGCCUGGUUUGUUUCACCUGGAUUAUAAUGGGUCUUAUUAUGGUCACGUGUUUUAAUUCUACCAUGACAUCGCUGCUGACCGCUAGGAUUCUGGACAAAGAAGUGAGCUUAUAUGGAACAAAGGUUUGUUAACUUAAUUUGUUCUCUUUGUUUUGUACACAAACAAAUUCUGUGAACCGCCAUUAAAAGGAACGUCAAAGAGACAGAUGGGCAUUUCUCGUAUUAUUAUUAUUAUUAUUAUUAUUAUUAUUAUCAUUAUUAUUAUUAUUAUUAUUAUUAUUAUCAUAAUUAUGUAUCAAAAAUUUAACUAAUUAUUUUAUAUAUUUUACUUAAUUUAUUUUCUUUCUCUUACCUUAAUUUAACACGAAAAACAUGAAAAAUAAAUGAUUGAUUAUGGACUAAAUGCAACAACGAGAACGACAAGAUAAACAUCACUUCCAAUAUCGCUGUAUUUAAAGUGUGUUAGGUAUCUGAAUUUGAAGAGGUUUUCGCGAGAUGACCAUGUAUUUCACUAAUACUUUUGUUCCUUUUUUCUGUGUUAGAUUGCGGCUAUUCAAAAUUCCUCUGGAUAUCGCCUGGCCAUCAGGAAAAACGCGAAAGUAAACCCGAAUGGUGAGUACUCGUGGUAACAGUGUUCUUUAACGUAAAGAGGGAAAAAUUAGAUCGCCAGCCAAUUUUGCUGAAUUACUGCUGCACUAAAAAGCAUGCACAAGAAUCCAUAUGUUACCUACACAGACGAACCUCCAUAUGCGACCACCUCCGAUAGGCAACCAGCGAUCCAAAACACCAAAAUUUUCCCAGUCAAAACCUUAUAGUUGGUAGCUCUCGUAAACCACCACAUCUUGUAAGCGACUAAGACCGACUAUUAAGGCUUACGGUUAUGUAAUUAGGUUUCUGGGAAACUGCCCACCUUCCCCUCCCCAAAUGUUAAUGUUAGUUUAGGGGAGGGGUAGGUGGGCAGUUUCCCAGAAACCUAAAUUGACCCUUUUACCUCUUACAAGCACUUGCUUGACGCAUGUUCUGAUCUCUUUCUUCGCUAUGAUGGUGGUGAUGGUAGCUAUGGCAAUGAUGAUGGUGGUGGUGAAGAUGACGUCGAUGAUGGUGGUGAUGAUGGGUGUGGUGAUGGUGGUGGUGGCGAUAGCGGCAAUGAUGUUGGUGAUGAUGGUAACAGUAACAAUGAUAAUGGUGGUGGUGACCAUGGCGAUGAUGAUGGUAACUAUAGCAAUAAUAGUGAUGGUGGUGACCAUGGCGUUGAUGGUAGUGAGUGGUGCGAUGGUGUCGAUUGUGGCGGUGAUGAUGGUAAUUAUGGCAAUGGAUAAUGGCGGUGGUGACCAUGGUGUUGAUGGUGGCGAUGAUGAUAGUGGUGACGAUGAUGUCGAUGAGGGUGGUGAUGAUGGUAACUAUGGAAAUAAUAAUAACGGUGGUGACCACGGUAUUGAUGAUGGUGGUGGUGGUGGUGACGAUGACGUCGAUGAUGGUGGGGAUGAUGGUAACAAUAACAAUGAUAAUGGUGGUGGUGACGACGGAGGUGAUGAUGGUGGCUGCGACAGUGAUUGUGAUAGUGGUGGUGGUGGCGGAGACGACGGAGGUUAUGAUUUGUGGUGGCUACGACAGUGAUUGUGGUGGUAGUAGUAGUGACGAUGAUGAUGGUGGUGGUAGUGGUGGUGGUAGUGGUUGUAGUAGUGGUCAUUUGAUAAUGAUCUCGACAACGACAACGAAGAAAUAAUGAUGGUGAUCCUCUUUUCGCAGGGAAGAGCUACACUAAUCUUCAAGAGGUUUACGCGGCUCUAACAAACCGUGAAGUGAAAGGAAUGCUUAUUGAUGCCUUUACAGUUGGCAGCAGAAAGGAACUCUUCAAUCGGAGAGAUCUGAGAAUCAGCAAGCUGCUAGACUACUCAUCAGCUUACGGUGCCGUUUUGGGAGGGGAAGCAAGAAAGCUUCAAAAGUGUUUCCAGGAAUAUGUGAGUGAGCAACGAUCAGAGAUCUCAAAGAUUGUGGAGGACAAUGUGGAUAGCAUAGAGGUACUAGAUUAGUUCUUCUCAUCAAGCCACUCCAGCAGACAUGUGUAUUUCUCAAAUAAGCAUGUUAUAAGUAACGUCAUAAAAGACGCACUAAAGGGAAAACGGUAAUGUGGGUUCUUUUACGUCCUUUCGAGUUCAUUUCAAAAGGACGGAGGCAAGGCCAAAAACGUUAAAUAGAUCAUCUGUUCAUUUUUUGACGUCCUUUCCUGAGUUCAUUUGACACCCCCUGAUUUCAACUAAAGGAAGGAGGCAAGGCCAUUAUAACUCUUUAGAGGCUAAGAUUUUCAAGUAUUUUACAGAAUAAUCUUUAUCUACGAAAAGAUCAUCUUCUUCCAUUUCGCGACAUGAUGAUCUUUUGAAAUUUUAACUUUUUGUCACAUUUUAAACGUUGCUGUGAUGUCUAACGACCUUACCGACGAAAAUUGAUGUAGAUGUAGCUGCCGGUGUAAAACACUCGAUUUAUCUUUUGAUAUAAAUAGUUUUUCUCACUUCGUCGCAGGUCACACCCAAAAGCAUGUCCGUGGAGCGUUCCAGCAGCUUAUUUGAUCCUGAAUUUCCAACAUAUAUCAAUUCCUUGAUUAUCUGCGGUGUUCUUCUUGUUGUUCUGUGGCUGGUCGGCGCGAAGUUCGAGUUUGCAAAGAGAAUGGGCUGGAUUAAAUUCAAAGGAAAAGGUCUGUUUGGUUAAGACUUACUUUUACUAAUUUUAUUUAGGGGAAAAUGACCGAAAACACCCGAGUUUGACACCUUACGUUACGUUACAUUACCUUGGCUUAAAUUCCAUUCCAUUACAUCCCAUUACAAUGCAAUGCAGUACAUUUCGUUUCAUUACAUUACUUUACUUUACGUUACGUUACGUUACGUUACUCUACGUUACUCUACUCUACUCUACUCUACUUUACUUUACUUUACAUAUUACGUUACGUUACGUUACAUCACAUCACAUCACAAUGCGACUCAGUUUCGAUAGGAUAGCACGUGACAUUGAGAAACUUAGAACCCUGUGACCCUCUAAGAAGUAAACGUAAGAUAUCACAAAGAUAAAAUUAUAAAAGCUGCAUUUAAGUAGAAAUUAAUAUAACAAAUUCAGUUAGUUUUCAAGUUACAAUUCAAUUUUAAAAUUGAGCAAACUAAUAAAGGUGGGAAUAUUAAGUCCUUAAAAUACUUUUUAAUAGUGCAUAAUGAAAAAUAAAACGGUUAGGCAAAAUUGAUUAUUAUUGUUGAACUCGACUAAAUAUAUUUUGGUGACGAAACUAGUGAUUGAUAAGUACUCUAGGUGAUUAAGUAAACUGCAUUUAGACGUAAUUGAGUAUGUUAACUAAGAUUGCGUGCCGAAAAGGUGUUUCAAAAAGGUGUUUAUUAAACCCUUUUAAAGCCUUUUAAACCUACAUUAUUUUUUUGCUAAUCCGAUUUCUUAUCUCCUAAAAGGGGAAAUAAAAACUUGGAUUUCACCGAAGCUACGUGCUAAUCCAUGACGGAUCCAAAUUUCUUGAUUUAUAGGAAAAUCGGAAAAUCUGAAUUUCCCUAUCGAAAACUUACAAAAUUUAACUGGUCUCGUCUCAUUUACUGCGUUUAGUUUUUCUCUCGAAUUAUAUAUGGAGUCUUAACACCUUGAUAAACAAAUAAAUGAAAUGAAAUGAAAUGAAAUGAAACCUUCAUUGCAGCUAAAGAUCAGCCGCUUCCAAGAACAGUGGAGUUGAUGCGCAACAAAGCCGAACUGAAGUCAGAGAUGUCUAAAAUCGUCACCAUAUUCAAGAUCAACUGUUCGCGCCGUAUAUACGUGCUGAGGCAAAAACACAAAAGAGAAUUGUUGCAUCUAGCCAAGCUUAAACGACAAGCUGAAAACAGCCUGAUUCAGAAAUCGUCGUUUCGCAGGGAUAGUUUUUUUAAUUUCUCACUCGGAUUCAAAACGCCUGAAAACCACGAAUGCCGAGAAAGUAACGGGCACAUAAAGCGAGAUUCAUCUGUUAAUGACCCCGAAAGUGAGAUGGAAACUUUAGUGUAG